AUGUCCUCGUCUUCAGGAGACUCUCAUCUCAUCCGAUAUUAUAGUAAGCUCAUCGAAACUUACAUUCAACUAUCUUUGUAUGAAGAGGCUGAAGCAACAGCCACUCGUGUAUUGGCGGUUGACCCGUCAAAUCUCAUAGUACGCUUGAAAAGGGGACACGCACGAAGAAGGGCUGGACACCUUGUGGGAGCACUGGCUGACUUCGAAACUGUCCUUUCCAUACCCCCGAAGCCGGACACUGCUCAGGCGCUACAUUAUGAUGAGGCUCUUCGACAACGAGACAUCGUGGUCGAUGUUCUAGGAUGUUCCUACCUCGAAUUGGCUUACGCUCAUCCGAGCGAAAUAGCAGAAUACAACGCGCCUAGCAUUUCACCGUCUUCUAUUGAAGCAAGGUCUGGAAUUCCUCUUCGGGCGUCUCUCGACGAGCCCCUCCCGACAAACUGCAGAUUCUACAACCACUUGGGAUGCCGCCGUGGAAAGAAGUGUCUCUUCUCUCAUGCCCCAGAUACCCGAAGCAUCCGAGACGACCUUGGCAAGAACGUCUGUCUAUAUCAUCUCGUCGGAAAAUGCAAAUGGGAUUCGUUCACUUGCAUUUAUUCUCACUCCAAAGAUAACCUUCCAUCCGAGCACGUUAUGGAAAACGAUACCUCGAAAGUCGCGUGGUGGACCAACCCUGCCCGUAUCGAAACAGUACGCCAACUCAUAGAGAAACGCGACGCUCGACGCAAGAAGAUCCACGAACAAAUCGAGCGUGCUAAGAAGCGAAACAUCGAUAACAAUAAGAAGUCGAAGAAGAGAGAUAACAAUUCUGACAAUAAGGACAGUGGCGAUCGACUCCCAGACACGAACACAACUGCUGGUAACAGACCUGCCUACAGUUCUUCCUCGUCGAAUUCGAACUGCGAUGAGACGUUGGUAAUUGACUGGGAAUCAGAUUCUGAGUCCGAGGGUGAGCUCCAGUUUGAGGAUGUGGAGAGUCCUAAUAUGGAUCUCUUAUCGUAUGGGAUCAAGCCUUGGGAGCAUGAGGAAGCCAAAGCGUUAGCGGUUGCCCUAGACAAUCUACACACAUGA